AUGAGCAGCAAAAAGGAGAAGAAAACUGUAAGAAAUACCGGAAAUACCAACGGAGCGAUCGAGAAAGAGCCGGAAAAUCCUCAAAACAUGAAAAUAAAAUUGGCUCAACGACAAAAAGAUAUUCUACGGACAAAACUGGACAACGUCGAAGCGAACAAAGAUGACCUUCUCGCCCUGCACUUCGCGGCCAAGGUGUCGGAUGUUGAGGUUUGCCGUCAUCUCGUGGAACAGGAGGGCGCCCAUAUAAAUGAAAAAUGCAGCAUAUCUGGCGCCACUCCUCUGCACUACGCUGCCAUGAACGAAACCCACGCAGAUGCUCUGAUCGACUUCUUCCUUCAGAAAGGAUGCGACUUCGAAAAUAGAGAUUCUCAUAAUGCUAGGCCUAUCGAUUAUGCGCUCCAAGAUGAGGUGAAGAUGAUGGAGGCCAAGGAGAAAACGAGGCUCAAGCGCAAUGAAUCGGCAAAAAAGGCGAGGAAAUGCUCAGUCUGCAAGAAAGAGAUGCGGAGUGACAGUAUCUCUAGAGUCUGCGAGCACUAUUUUGACUGCUUGGGUUUGUAUCAGAAGCAUCUCGAUUCUUGCGGUCAACCAUAG